UCCGUUUUCCUCCAUGUUUUGAGAAUUUAGUAAGAAUUGGAAGUCGAAAAAUUUCUCACACUUCCAUGCCGUUUGAAUCAGGAACUACCAAGAGAAUCACAACGGUGGGGACACAUGUACUCUACAUGAGAGCAGGAAGUCAGUUUCUGGGGCACGGGCCGCCCGUCCAGCAUCCUAACCGGGGACGCUGGCCUUCCGAAAGCCCACCCCCCACACCCCCCUCUAACCCUGAAGCCAAAACCGCCGGAACACGGGCUUUGGCUGGGCUGAUUGAAGAAGGAGCAGCUCGGAGAGCUCAGGACACUUCCCUUUCUACUUGGCCUGCGGCAGGAGGAUACUCCCCUGGUUCUCGCCAAAAGAGGAGGCGGACCAGGCAGAGUCAGCAGCGAAACGCAGCCUUGGCCGUGAAGGCAGCUCGUCCACGCGGCCGGAGAACUCACCGAACAAAGCACUCGGCGCGGACCGGGUGGGGAGACGCGAAAGAAGGGAAAAGAUUCACCCCAACUCUUCGCCACUGCCUGGGGCUAGAAACAGGUGGAGCCGCGCUUAGAGGGAGAAUAAAGAUGGGUUUUCGAGGGGCUAAUCUGAACUCCAGCGCCAAGGCAACCGGAACCGAGACCCCCCGGCGGGGGAGAACGCCCGGGAAUAAGGGAGACGAGCGCUGCGGAGAGAAAGGAAGACACGGUCGGGGUCAAGGGCAGACGGAUGGCCCCGCAGGGGUGCCGAGGAUGCGGGUGGCGGGGAUGCCCGCGGCGCGCUGCCGGCUGCCCCCACUCGGUUUGGCACCGCCAGCCUGCUCUGCGCGCCUGCGGGCCCCGCCGCGGGGCCACCCGGAGACGGGGCGGGAGGGAAGCGGGACGGGCGUUUGUCCCAGCCAAUCGGCGGUCGUAGAGUCCCGCAGGCACCACCACCGCUCCGCCUCCUCAACCGGGCACCACGGCGGCUCCCACACCCUUGAGUGCACCCUCAAAUAUCCAAACCUCGAGGUCAAGGGGUCUUAUCAUGAGAAUUACUUCAUCUUCCUGGAGGAGAUGGAGCAGGUCCAAGUAACCGAUUACCUCAUUGACAUUGCUCAGAAAAUUCCUGACUGA